AUGUCUACUCCUGCAAGACGACGAUUGAUGAGAGAUUUCAAAAGAAUCCAACAGGAUGCACCGGGUGGCGUCUCAGCAUCACCAUUACCAGAUAACGUAAUGACCUGGAACGCUGUUAUAGUGGGACCAGCUGACACACCUUUUGAGGAUGGCACUUUCCGUUUGGUGAUCCAGUUUGACGAACAAUACCCCAACAAACCACCAUCGGUUAAGUUUAUUAGUGACAUGUUUCACCCCAAUGUCUAUGCAUCGGGUGACCUAUGUCUUGACAUUCUGCAAAAUAGGUGGACUCCUACCUACGAUGUGUCCAGUAUUCUUACCAGUAUCCAAUCAUUACUGAACGACCCUAACAUUUCCAGUCCCGCUAAUGUGGAAGCUGCAAAUUUGUACAAAGAUCAUCGCUCACAAUACAUACAACGAGUGAGAGACACAGUGGAAAAAAGCUGGAGCGAGGAUAUCCUAGACGAGGAUGAGGACGAUGAGGAUGAAGAUGAAGGCGAAGUUGAUAAUGAGGAUGCUCAGUAA